AUGGAUGCUUUCACCUUGCCCCAAAACUACACUGUCGACUUUGAAGUAACGCACACUGCGUGGUAUGUUGCUCUUAACAUUCGCAAUUUCAACGUUUCUUAUCCUUUUGGAGCAACAAAAGAGGCUGCCUACCAACGUUUCGCGGAGAGAGGCUGCGAAAAUGCCACCCUGACAGCAACCGUCGAGGCUCUCUUCAUGGACUUUCAGUGCCUUAAGCUGGAAAGCUUCAAGACAGUGGAUCGUAAAAACGAGGACACAACGAGACUGGAGUUUGUCCUCGAUCUGAAGUUUGAGGGAUUUCGCACCGUACCCUUCCACGUCUUCAACGUGGGAGCGAUGACCUCGAAGGACCUAGCGUAUUGGAUUUACAACGACACCCUGAGCGCAGGACAACGCUGCUCCAACAUACCUCAAGGCCGACAAUUUAUUUAUUUGAUCACGAGUUUCAAUCGCUUGCUACCAUCUACUGACAGUACCCAUACUAUUUUCCCCGAGAAGGUGUCCGCGAUAAUUUGCGGGUCCGAUGUUCGACUUUCUCGAGCAAAGGUUAACGACAAUGGGACAAACCCCACCUUGAAGGAGAUGAUGAACAUCUCUCAGCAACAACUUGACGUGGAUAUCUGGGCAAUGAUUGUCAAGCCCUUUCCUCAAGGGGAAUACGACUUGAAUUGGCGUCCGGAGACGAACUUCGCCGGCAUGGAGGACUGGACCAAUCCAGUUUAA